AUGGGAAGCAGAGUGAUAGGCAGAAAGGAUGUAAACAUGGCGGCAGGCAGAAGAGUUCAUAGUUUGUAUGAUUUAGCAACUUUUACAACAGUUAGGAAUUGUGAUUUAUUCAAGUUAGAGUAUCGCUCACUGCCGAAUGCCGUUCAGUGUGACAUAUAUCGAACGGUAUAUAUUUUAAUCCUUUCGUCUUACUUUUUUUCGCUUUGUUACCCCGACAGUUAAUGUUUACAAAAUUUGUUUAGCUUGUAACUCCAUGCGGUUUUGUUGUUAUUCAGCUCUUCGACUCAGGGAAGAAUGAGGUAUUGGUAUCCGAACUAAGUGAGUUAGAUGUCGUUUCAAAGGCUUUAAAAGCUGGAGACACAAGGUAAAUAUAAAGGUAUCUUUUUGUGUUUACAAUUAAGACACUGUUGAGAGCAUCGUUUGAAAUUUAAUUUCAUGCCAAUUGUGUCACGUCAGAUACUUGAACGGUUUGCUACUUGAAGUUCUUCGCGAAAAUAGAACUGAUGAAUGAUUUACAUAGGCAGUAACUUUUUAGAAGAAGCUAAUAUUGAAACUGUUAAAUUUUACUAAAUCUUUUACAAGGUAAAGCGACCCAUUUUCCGUCAGGCGGCUAUAAAGAAAAGAUAAAAAGAGAAACGCUUUGUUAGUAUAUUUCGAUUCCACUCCACGAAAUUUGAUCUACAAAUAAAUCUUAAGGUGAAUUUAACUUUCGCUGAUGUAAAGGGAGAGAUUUUCCAAACUUUUGAGUUAUUUCCUCGGUACAGGAAAUGCUUAACUAAACUGAUUAAAGCUUGCAUUUAACACGAUAAAACACGAAAAGCUUCAAAAAUUAUUUCUCUUUGAUGAAGAAAAUCUACACCUAUAAGACAGAUGCAUCCUGGCUCAAUCAAAAAAUUCAAAACAAAAUAGCAUCAAACCAAGACUACUUGGUAUGAACAGGUAACAGGACAAGAUGGCAAAUACCUUGAAUGCCACUUUAGGCUGAGGAAGUUGUCACAAUAAAUGUAUUAAAUGAAAAAGAUAUUCUUAACAAAUAGCACCUAUAACUUGUUUACUUGUAAUAGCUAAGGCAGUAUUCAGGUUCUUUUUUUAACUCCUAACUUCUUAUCCAUUUCACUGUUUACAAUUUAGCAAUAGUUGUUUACUGAUAGAUUAACAAAUUACCUGUGGGCAAUUUGCUGGGAAUUUUGGUAUAAAUUUACAUACACAAUGUAAUUAACAGAUUACCUGUAGCAAUUUACAGGGAAUUUUGGUAUAAAUUUACUUACACAAUGUAAUUAAUUAAUACAUAAUGGUAAUAGGACUGAGGGGAGUCCACCUUGGUCUCUUAUCAUAUGAGUAUUAACAAAAUCUGAUGACUGUAAAGCAGGAAUAUGAUUUAUUUAUCAAGAGUAUGAUUACAGACAGAAUUGGGCGACACAAAGGCCUGUUACCAAUUAAUCAAAACUAUGAAAAUUUAAGAAAGAAAUAUGCAUUUUUUAUAAGUUUUUUUUUAUGAAAAAACAACAAUUUGAAAAUUUAAGAAAGAAAUAAGCAUUUGUUAUAAGUUUUAAAAAAAAAAAAAAAACAACAAUUAACCAUGUGAAAUGCACAACAACAGCGCAUGCUUAUGACAAUUACUUUCCACUUUUGUAAGCAUGAAGUGGCAACUAUCCUAUUACACUGUCCAAUUACAAGCAUGAUGGGCACUGUCAUAUUAGUACUCAAAUCAGGCUGGUUUAUUAAUGGUGAAAUAGGUAUUGACUAGGCAGCUGUCCAAUGUAAAUAUUAGUGACAUGUCUGGGUUCGAGCAGUUUUCAGCUAAGUAUUGAUAGUGAUCCUGGAUUGCUUAGAGAAGACUCACCCCACCAUUUCAACCAAUCAAAUACUAAACUUAAAGCAAUCUCAAUUUGGUCAAUUAUGUUUUCCUGGGCUUCAAGUUGGUUGCCUGUUUUUACUUUGAAUUCUCAUUGGUCAAUAAUGAUGUUAACCUUUGCUCUGAUUGGCAGUUAUGAUUACCUUGGUUUUGGUUUUUUGAUCCUCAGUUGUGAACUGCUCUGAUGGUUUUUAAAAUUCAUCAAUUGAUGUGUGAUCAAACUUGGUUUGUUAUUUUUCUCCAGGGUCAAGCUUUAUGCAGUGUUCCAAGGUUUGAGAGAAGAAGGAUUUGACUUAUCAAAAGUCCUUUCAGCAGAGUUUGUCAAGAGGUGUCACAAGGCAUUCAAUGAAGGAGAAACAUCAGAUCGACAUCUCAUUCAGAAACUGUUAAAAACAGGGAUGUCACUUGGUAUGAGUAGCUUCUGAAGUGUACUCCAUCCUUUAAACCAUUACAUCAGGUUUUUCUAAGUGUAUGGUAUACCUGUAAGGUUCUUUGGAUUAAUUUCAGGAGCAGUUAUACUUGCUUUUUUUAUUUCUUCUGUUGACCCUUUAACUCCCAUGAGUGACCAAAAGAGAAUUAAUAUCAAGCAGACCAGUGAUAAGAAAAAAGAAAAUGUCAAUUAUUAGUUGAUCCAAUACCAAACUCUCCAAACCAACAUCAUGAGAAUUGUGCGGCAGACAGUCAGGAGAAUUACUGAUAGGAUAGUGAGAGAAAAAUGGUUAACCAGUUUCAUUGAUGUUUUAGGUGGUUUCCUAUCAGAGGCUGGAUGGUAUGAUGAUGCAGAGAAGAUAUUAACUGUUAGUCACAAGCUGUGUAACAUUAGAGAACCAGAUGAAUGUAGAAUAGCUUGUAAAUUUCUGACAAGGUACAUGUGGUACUGAAUACGUAGGUAUAUAAAUCCUACCUGUUAGAAUGUUAGGUGCAGGUAUAGUUCAAAUGAAAACAUGCAUGAUAAACUUCUACAAACUGCAUUUAGUUUAAGAAGCCCUCAGCUAUAACAACAACUGCCUUGAGGGUCAAUCCUCCAGAACAUGUGGGUCAUGGUUACAGUAAACAUUCUAGAUAAAUAAGUAUGUUUAUAAUUUGGUUCUUAUAGUGCUUUACCAUUCUGUAAAAGUUGUUACCACAUAAUAUUAUUAUUUAUUACUGAUAAUGUAAUGUAAACAUCUUUCAUAGACUGCUCCAUCUUAGAACUGCAAAUUGUAAAUUUGACUCAGCAAAAGAUACCUUUAGAGAAGCCACAGAAAUGACAAGUAAGAUAGCCAGCAAAAAUGAGCUAGACAUCAACUUGGCAGUUCUUUAUGGAGAAAAAUGUGGCCUGCUCUUUGCACUUAGUGAUUAUGAGGAGGUGAGAUAAAUUUGCCUGUCUUAAAUUCAAUUUAGUCAGGGUUGUCAGUAAGAAUUGAGUUACUAGAAUGUGAUACAAACCAGGCAACUCUAGGGGUCAUUAUUGUCAUGCUUCCAUGCUGAAAAUUUAGCCAUAAACAUUUGGAAUAGCAGAUGUGAUUUUCAGAGUGGACACUGAAAUGCAACACUUGCUAGCAUACUUUGACAACCCUGUUUACUGUAGAGACCAGGUUUGAAUUACAUCAAGGAAAAUGACUGUGAGGGCAAAAAGAUAGAGGUGAUAUGUUUUUAGGGGUUUUAUUUCACCUAGGACCAAAGUCUACAUUAUUAAAUAGAUUUGUCCUCUGAAUAGAGGUCCUAAAGAAAAGGUUCCACUGCUAAAUAAAUACUAGCAGAUAUAAGCUAAACACCUCUGAGAUAUGGAAUUGAAAAGUCAAAUUAUUCUGGCCACAGCGUAAAGAGAAUUUGUGUACAGAGAUUUUGUCCUUGUGGUUACUUCAUUCAUUAGACUCUUUUGUCUUUAAUUUUCAUUAUUCACAGGCAUACAAAUUCAGCAUGAAGGCCUUACAGAAAAUUUGUCCUGGAUUGCCCAUGAAGGUAAAUAGUUAUGCUAAACCUAUUAAUGAAUUAAUUCAUACUUUCAUGGAGUAUUAAUGCAAGAUUCUGUAUUUAUAAUACAUCUCUAAGUGCUAUAUGUGCACAAUAUAGAAAAAUAGAAUAAUCUUCCUAAUGUUAGUGUAUGGGAAAUCUACAAAGAUAUGAGAUAAGUUUUGAUUCCCCAGUAUCCAAAAUCAGUUUCUUUUAUAAAAGUCUAAUUUCAGGCUUCUUUUUGUAGGCUGUAGUUGAUAUUCUAAGAAACGCAUCCAAGGUAAUGUGAGAGUUAUUUUAUGCUGAUAUUUCUUUUUGUCUUGUCUUUUUUCAAUUUUGUGAGCAUGUUUAAUCAAAUGAUUCUGACAAGACAGAGGCACCAUCUGCUUGAUGGCAGUUGAUUGAGGAUGUUUGAAAUGAAAGCUACAUCAAUUAAUAAUGCAGUCUUUCGGGACUAUUAUUACCCAGAAAAUCACACCAUGCAAAAUCAAAAUUGGUAACAGAAACUCUUCAGAAAAUAGGCCAAAAAAAGCACCAAAUGGAAAUGUGGUAAACUGUUAAAUCCAAAAUGAGUAAACCUCUAAAGAGUGACUCUGCCAAAAAAGUGACAAACUGAAAAACUUGCACAUGUGAAAAUUGUAUGCAUAAUAAAUUCUCACCAUGUGUUUUCAAAUUUUAAGUCUCAAAGAAUGUGUGCUAGUAGCACAUCAUACCAGUUUGGUUUUGUCUUGUUAACAAUACAAUCAAUUUUUGUUUUUAGUCUGUGAUUAAGUGUAGUCAGUUCAUUAUUACCAACACUGUAAGUUCAUUGUGUUUGCUCUAUAUUUAUCGUUAAUAGUGAAUUCAAAUCUUGUUUUCCAUUCUUUUUCAGGCUUGUGUAGUGAAGCGCAAAUUCAAGAAAGCAGAACUUUUGAUAAAGCAGGCCAUGUUUUUAGCCAAGUAUGUCCAUUUUAAACUUAAAUGACAUUGUUGACAUUUCAAUAUAUCAAAUUUCAAAGAUGUUUCAAAUGUCGUCAAUCUGUGGUCUGAUUUGGUUGAGUAGCUCUUAUAUUGUAAGUAUUAAUCACAGAUAUAUACUCAUGAUUUUACAUGUGUUUUUUGUUUUGUUUUGUUUCAGGCAGCAUUUUGGAUGUGAUCACCCAAAGUAUGCAGAUACACUAAUUGACUAUGGUUAUUAUCUCCUCAAUGUAGAUGCUAUAAAUCUCUCUGUCAAAGUAUACAAGGUAAGGACACUACCUAUCAAUUUAUGACAGUCAUUGUUAGUAAUAAAUCAGCUUUGACUGAAAAUUUUUAUAUCCUAACUUUUUUGGCUUAAUUUUUGAUUAAUGAAAGGUUUUGAAAGUCAGGCUUUUCAAAAUACUUAUCAUUUAUUUAAUAAAUAUCUCAUUGUGUCAGCCUAUAUACCUGUGCCAUAACUCUGUCUCAGUAUGAUUGGCAGGAAAUUCAUCAGAUACCUUUCAAAAUUUUCAAGCACACUAAUCAAGCAUCAGGUUAAAAGUCCUGUUUGCAAAUUCAAGAUAUAAGCAGUGUGGCAUUCUAUUGCAGAAGGAUUCGCCACCUUCAUUGGUCACAACUUUUGAUAUAAUUGUCACAAUCACUCUGCUUCUUUGUAAAUAGUAACUGUUACAUUUUUAACAGAUUUGUUGUUUGUGGUUUUUAGGAAGCUUUUCGUACUAGGUUUUAUGUCUUUGGAUACAACAACUUACAUGUAGCAACAGCUCAUGAAGAUCUUAGUUAUGCUUUGUAUGUCCAUGAAUACAGUACAGGGAACUUUGAAGAAGCCAGGUAAUAUUUUUAUUUUCUUUAAAAAGAACAACAACAACCACCAAACAAACAAUUGAACAAAACAGAACAAAGAAAACUUAGAUCAAUGUCAAUAAAUAAGCAACUACACACCUACCCCUCCCCUUACCCAACAUUAGCCUUAACUUAUCAUCAAUUGACUGUUGUUGGUCUAUGGGAGGGGUAGGUGCACAAUUGCUCAGAUAUUAACAUUGUUCUGAAAAUUUUUGUGCAUAUUAAUUUACUCAUACCAGACUUCUAUAAUAAUGUCAGUAUUGAUUUCAUAGAGAUGAGGGUGGAUUGUCAAAGAGAGCCCAAUUACUCUCUCAAAGUCAUUCACAAUUGAACAGGCACGACAGUCUGCACUCCCCUGUUUUUUUCCAAGCUGUCUUGCUACAGUUAACAAGUUAUGAUUUGCUUUUGAGUUUUGGAGAAGUUUGGAUUGAGUUGUUCAUUUUAAUAGUUAUAUUAGUGGAAUGGCUUUCAUAAAGUUGAUUAUUUAGGUAGUAAAUUCAGGAAUACAUACAAUGAGGGCAUGCUAGUCCAGAUUACACAGUCACUGUAAAUAUGGAAAUUUUGUUCUUCUACAUAUUGUCAAACAGAUACCAUGCAGAAAGAGCCAUCAGUAUUAUCACAAAACUUUUCCCUGAAGAUCAUUUACUUCUUGCUUCAUCAAAAAGAGUGAAAGGUAAAUUUGAAAUACUGUGUUUUGAGAAACAUCUUAGUGUUGAAUAUAAUUCAUCAUAAUUUGUAGCAAAUUAUGUGAGGAAGCACAAACUACACAUACAGUGGUCUGUCCCUGAUAAUCAGACACAUAAGAAAUGAUAUAAGAAAUGCUAACAGUAAGAGUUUAUUAUUUUUCAUUAUUAUUCAGCCUUAAAGCAGUUUACUUUUCUUUUCUCCAGCCCUUAUUCUAGAAGAAAUAGCAAUUGACACUCCAAUUAGACAGAAAGAAGAAGAAAUUUUAAAAGAAGCUCAGGAGCUUCAUUUAGCUUCACUUGAUCUGGCUAGGUAGGUGUCUUCUCUGCCCGUAAUGGAGUGUCUUGAAGCCUGUUCAAAAAAGAAAUUAAAUGAUCAACACCAGGCAUUUCUCAGUGGUCAUUUUAAUGGAAAAGUUAGAUUAUACACUACAUAUUACAAAUGGAAGAUAUUUUAUUAGCUGUGGAAUAUUCAAGCUAAAAGAAGUUGAGCAGAAGUGUUUAUUAGUAAGACUUCAAUUUAGUAUUCGGUUGCAAAUAAAGUAUUCAUUAGAACCUACAGCCUCUAAUUUGGCAUUGAGUAGCCAAAAAUAGGAGAAUAUUCAAAUUUUUUCCUGUUAGCUUCAUUCCUUUUGUCUUCUUCCUCUUCUUAACCCUUUCACUCCUGAGAUCUCAUUAGUAAUUCUCCUUACUGUUUUCUUUACAAUUCUUAUCAGGUUAGUGUGGAGAAUUUGGUAUUGGAUCAAUUUAUAAUCCUUUAAUUAAAUUUUUUUUUGUUCUCAUCACUCAUCUUCUUGAUAUUUCAUUGAUAUUGUAAGGAGAAAUUCUGUUUUGUUCACUCUUAUUGGAGCUGAAGGGUUACUGUGUGUCUGGUAUCUUAAUGUGCAUUUAAAGUCCUGUGUUGAAUAUUCCACCAUAUGACAAUGCUUUGAAAUUAAGAAAUGUUGCCUCCAGGAAAUCAUUUGGAGAAAACAAUGUUCAAACAGCAAAACAUUAUGGAAACUUAGGACGUCUUUAUCAGUCAAUGAGAAGAUAUGAAGUAAGUAAUAAAAAAAAAAACUUUCUUUGUAUUUAGCUUAGGUUUUGCUUUGGGCUCAGUAACUCAUUUCCAUGGAAAAAAGGAAAGAGGCAAAUAUUCUUCCUCCCCUUUGCCCAUUAUUUUCAUUAUAACUAUUUCAUUGAUCUUUUUUUUUUUUUUGUCAAGUUGCCAGGGCAAAGAAUAUAUAUAUAAAACAGUUAAGUUUUGGUCAGUUGUGAGGAACAUCUUCUAGCUGUCACUGAUAGUUUGUGAGAUGUCUGCCAGCAGAUUGCUACAUCUUCCAGCUGUCACUGAUAGUUGGUGAGCUGUCUGCCUGCAGACUCCAGAAUUUAAGUCUGAUCUUGAAAGAUGACAUUGCAUCUUUUAUUUUCAUCAAAAUUAUCAGCAUGGGCAAGUUAAUAACCUGUAGGUAUUAAAGAUGACUGUUUUUUCCUUUUUUCAGGAAGCAGAGGUAAUGCACAAGAAAGCAAUUGAAAUUAAAGAACGAAUACUUGGAAGUGAAGUAAGAACAACAUUAGCUAAGAGUAGAAGAUCCUAGUCGAGCAAUGGUUCUAACUGAAUUUCUUAUGGGUUUUGUGGUGUUUUAGGACUAUGAAGUGGCACUGUCAUUGGGUCACUUGGCAUCAUUGUACAAUUAUGACAUGGAGCAAUAUGAAAGGGCUGAGCAGUUGUACUUGAGAUCAAUUGCAAUAGGUUAGUUGAUGACAGAAAAUCAUCUGUGUAUAAUUUUAAUUUAAACUUUUCUAUAGUCAAUAAAAAAUUAAUUUUAUAUUGGUCUGUAUUAUAUUUCUUCUACUUUGUAAUUUAUUAUUAAGAGAAAGACAAGAAUUGUGUGUUCUUUUGCAACAGGUAGAAAACUGUUUGGAGAUGGGUACAGUGGUCUUGAGUAUGAUUACAGAGGACUUAUUAAUCUCUAUGAUUCUCAAGGUAUGAUCCAGUUCAUAAUCCUUUUUACACAAAGGAAAGGCAUUGUCAUAGUCUUUUGAAGAGAAAUUUCACGGCUCAAACUGAAUAAAGAGUUGAAACCUUGUUGCUCUUUUGAUAGGUAAUUUUGACUUUAUGGAGAGAUAUCAUCAAACACUGAUGGACUGGAAAGAUCUGCGGGAAAACGCAUCCAAAGCAGAGUCUGCUCAUGACAAGACACCUGACCCAUGGCCUACAGGGAAGUUUAUACAAUAUUUUCUGAAUCAGCCUGACUGAUAAUAAUGUGACUAUUAGGAAAUAUCAUUGAUGUUUAGGCAUUAAUAUUUAAGAAAUUGUAUCUCCUUGGAAAGCCCAAGAAACUGUGUAAAGAUGACAUUUAGGAUUUCAUUCAAAAUUAUCCUUACGGAAUUUUAUUAUGGAUAUGCUAGCAAAUGUGUAAUAUAAAGUCAAGGUGACGUAAAACUGCAAGAGUCAUUUCUGCCUUUGUGAGUGAUGCACCUGGUGUUAAGAAACUAUUAUUUGGUGCAUUUGCAUUAACUAAUUUUUGUAUGUGAAACAAAUUUCAAUUUAUGGGCCUUGUAUAUUUUUUUUGGUUGGUUGUAAGUGUUGAAAAGAAAAUUACGUUGUAUAUUACGCUCAUUUAGGUAAUUCUCGUAAAUUUAGUCAUGUGUAAAUCAAUGUAAGUAUGAAACACGAAAUAGAAUAGUUAUUUUAAAAUUAACUUCUUAAACUUUCAAAAAUAAUUUGACAAAGCGUAAUAUAUGCUUCUUUAUAAUGAUAUUGAUAUUUUAAUACAACUGUUAGCAGAAAGAAUUAGGUAAAGAGAAGCAGAAAGAUUCAUGCUAACAAGCAAAAGAUAUAGAAAGGUUUAAGGCAAAGAGAGUCGAAAAGAUGAUGGAAGAUAAAAACAAGAACAGUUAAUUUGAACAUGUUACUUACUUAACAACCAGUCAGGGAUCAGAAUCAGUGUUUCUCUGAAACAUGGAAAGGGCGUUAUAACACAAUAUACCUUGAGUUUACGAAUAAACGUAAAGGUUUGACAAAUAUGUUAUUUACUACUAAAAAAUUAAGGGCAUAGUACAUAUAAAUCUAAACCACCUUUGAGAUCAUGAAGAAAGAAAGCAAUCACGCAUCCUUUCUAUACAACAGAAUAAUCUCUCUUAAUUCUGCGUUCCUAUUAAUUUUUUGAGGAAAGUGUUUCCAUCUUAAUAGGAAUGCCAUCGUUAUCAAUCAAAUUUUCAAUUUUCGUGAACGAAUUGCUUUUCGCCACAAACUUUACAUUUAAAUAUUUUAUUGUGGGCAUAUAAAACUUGCACAAACAAAAUCAAAUUGAUGGGAUCGAAAUUGAAUGGGUAUAUAUGUUAAUAGUUGUAAAGUAAGACUUGUUUUAUAAACGUUAACCUGUGUAGCGUAUGAAUAAAUUAAAUACAGUACAAACCAAAAAAGAGAAAUAAACAUG